AGACACCGUCCUAACUUUCCCGGAAUACUCCUGGGCAGCCUUGUUACCCGGACUCCCUAAUGGCGUGGUGCUUGACUCGGUGGGCAGGAGGGGGACUGUGGGGCUGCGCAGCCCGAGCCACCAGGAGCAUCUCCUUGGGUGUCCCUGAGGCGGCGCCUGUGAGAACAACUCUCCCGCCCCUUAAAGUGGUGGAUAGAUGGAACGAGAAGAGGAGCAUGUUUGGGGUGUAUGACAACAUCGGGAUCCUGGGAAACUUUGAACGGCAUCCCAAGGAUCUUAUUGUGGGGCCCAAAUGGCUUAGGGGCUGGAAAGGAAACGAAUUGCAGCGUUGUAUCCGGAAGAAGAAAAUGGUGGGAGAUAGGAUGUUUCUUCAGGAUUUACAUAACCUGAACAAACGAAUCAGAUAUCUCUACAAACAGUUCAAUAGAAAGGGGAAGCACCGUUAGAGGAAAAAGGCUAAUUAGGCUAGAAAGCCCCAUCCCCCAACUAUCACCUUCAGGAGACCUACUGGUAGGGAAACUUUUCAUUGUGGAAAAAGGCCUUUGUAAUGUGUUUAUAAUAAAACUGGUUGACUAGGUAUUUGGUUUUUCUUUAGUAUUCCCUUCUGAUGUAUCUAUCUCACCUCUACACUCCUGUUAUAUUGUCAGUUUUGUACUUGCCUCAUUUGGUCUGUUGCUGAUUUAAGGAUUACAUAAAUUAGAUUUUUAGGAUUGAAAGGAGGCUUACUCUUACCUUGUACAAACACCUAAUUCUACAUCUCUUGCAUGUCUAUCCUUUUGUUCUGUCACCUUUGUAUGAUGUAAACCACUUCCAGAUGGCCUUUUUUAGUCUUUGUAUUCAUAGUGCUUGCAAAUAAAAGGCAUUUAGUAAA